GUCAGCGGACAUCUUAUCCAAGGGGUUGUUGCGCCAUUUGCCCCCUGGGUGCUGCGCACCAACUCCAGCGGCACGUUGGAGUAUGGAGGCGCAAGCUUUGACUUCUUCCAGGAAGUUCUCGCCAUGUUCGAGCCUCCGGGCAGACUUCAG